AUGUCACGAUCUUUCGGCGGUUGCAAGCGAUGUAAGUCACGGCGGCAGAAAUGUGACGAGGAACGUCCUACUUGUGGCCGGUGCAAGUCCGCGGGGACCCAGUGUCGGUAUGCGAUGCAGCUGCAGUGGGGUGGUCGGGCUUUCUCGAGGUCGAGGUUUGGAGCAUGCAUGCAAAAGCUAGAGUACUCCCCGGGAGAAUUCAUCUAUACCACCGCUACUGCAUCGCCGACAACACCGACAACACCAAUCUCACCGGUUUCUCCAACCGCGGUCACCACGAUCACCGCGCCCUCUACACCUCUUACACCACCAGCCAUCACACUCCCUAAAUCUGUCGACCCGUUCUCCUCCCUUAAUACCAACCAGAAAUCCCUCCUCCACCACUUCCUCUCCGAUGCCUCACAAAUCACAGCCUGCCACUCCGGCAUGCAACAGGAGAUCUGCCGCAUGCUCGUGCCAAUGGCCCUGCAGACUCCGUCGCUACUGUACGCGACAAUGGCGCUUUCCGCAAUUCACAUCCAAGCCCUCAACAACCAGACCGAGAACGUCAAAUCAGCACCGGACAUUGCGCGAUUGAUGGCGAUGAGUUUAGAGCAUUUCCGCAAGGAGCUCCAGAGUCCGGGUACAAGAGGGACAGAUGCGUUGCUGGCAACAGCACGCACGCUUUGUUUGGCAGAGAUACACUCUGGUGCAAUUCAGCCAAAUUCAUGGCGGGCUCAUAUCGAGGGUGCGCAGGCUUUGAUGAUCGCGGCUCGUGGGAAGGACGGGUGGGCUCCGGACUCGUCGGAGGGCUUCCGCAGAUAUCUGGAUCGGUGGUAUCGGUCGAUUGUUUCGUUGACAGCAUUGACGGGGAACGGUCCGCCUAUUGGUGGCGUCACUUGCCAGACUAUCUCGACUCCUGUCAGUCCGAACCUGGACACACCAGACUAUCUUGAUGACUACUGGGGCUUCACCGUGAGUCUGUCGGCUGUGUUCCGUGGUAUUGGGGCAGCAGCCUGGCAGACUCCCCCGGAUCAACCAGCAGAUGCUGAGGAAGUAACAGCACUGGAAUCGUCAGUUCUUGAGCUGAUUGACGAGGGAGAGCGGGUACCCCCGACGUUCUAUCCGGGCGUCGCUGAGGGCUUGUCAAACGAUCAUAUUGUCCGGUUCACAAUGUGCAACGUUGCAUUUCAGCACAGCGCGCUGAUUCAGAUCGAGCGUCGACUCCGCCGGGCACCGGCGUCCUCACCCGCGGUACAGCGCUCCGUUAAGAAAAUCAUCGAGUGUACCGAGCAGAUAGGGCCGUCACCAGGUCUUAGCCCGUGGACGAUGCUUACGACGCCAUUGUUCAUAGCCGGCUGCGAGGCACAGGGUUACGACCGGGAUCGUGUUCGACAGCUGUUGACACAGUUGUACAAUACCAUUCGCGUGCCGAAUGUGUUGCAGUCGCUGAAGUUCUUGGAGGAGUACUGGGCUCACCAGCUGGAUGAGAAUGAGAGUUGGAAUCGGUUCCUAGAUCGGAUGCGGUUUGACUUUAUUCCUUACUAG